CUAUUCGAGUUCAAAUCUCUGGGAUGGGAUAAAGGACGCUUAUUGGACGAGAACGGAUCAGCACUCUUCCCAGGAUUUAUGAACAAAGUGAAGGCAGCCCUAUAUCCACCUGGUUAUUUCAUUGGUAGUCGCACGAAACAGUUCUUCUUAUGGAGAAGUAUGGUGGAUGCAACUGAAGGCGUUCCACAGGUCUGA